AUGGCUUCCCCAACAUCUGCCAUCCAGGACUUCUUGGAGCCGCUCCACAUCGACCUCGCCAAGGUCCACCUGCUGUCUCAGUCGUUCCUGCGGACUUUUGGAAAGCUCGCUCUCGAGUCGCAGAACCAAUUCCUGCCUACCCCCAUCACCGAUGGGGGUACAAACCUCAGGGUUGGGUUCGUUGAGCUCCGGCCCAAGCUCCCAGCAGCCUCUCAGCUUGGCGGCAAGGCCAACGGUUACAUCCCAGAGACUACCGAACGCAUGCGACGGCGUAUGGAAAAGUCCUGGCCUAUUGACGAUCACCUGAAGAACGAGAACUCUGACAGCCUCUUCUUGUGGAUUGGAAAAUGCAUUGCUGAGGUCAUCUUGGACGGAUGCACCGAGUUGCGUCUUCCGGCCGACCAGGAAAUCCCACUCGGUGUGACCUUCAGUUUCCCGAUGGUACAACAUUCGCUAUCAGAGGCGACACUCAUGACAAUGGGCAAAGGCUUCGCUAUAUCCUCCAAUCUUAACCUCGGCGCUCGUCUAUUGGAUGGAUACAACCGCGCCAAGUCACCCGACCUUCCACCUAUUCGAGUCGAGGCCAUCGCAAACGAUUCGGUGUCGACCCUGGUGUCGUUCGUCUUCACGUAUGACGAAUCCACAACCAAGCGAGGCACCAUGGGCUUAAUUCUCGGCACUGGCUGCAAUGCCACGAUACCUUUGAGACUGAGCCAGCUACAUCCUAGCAAACGCCCGCAGCAGGUCCCCGCUGGUGUUGGGGAACAUAUCGACGACAUCAAGAUCACGAUAAAUACCGAAUGGAGCAUUAAUGGAACGGCUCCUCCGAUACGGGAACUGGGUUUAAUGAGCCGGUGGGACAAGGUGCUGGACUCACAAAACGAGUCGCCUGGCUUCCAACCUCUGGAGUACAUGACUGCCGGGAGAUACCUGGGCGAGCUCGGACGCAUCAUGCUGGUCGACUACAUGACGAGUAACCUAGGAAUUGCCGCAGAAACGUUGCCAGCGAAACUUCUGCAGAGGCACGGUCUCACGACGACAUUCUUGAGUCACUUUAGGCCUCUUCAGUCGCCAGAUCUCCUAUCUCGCUUGAAGACAGAGUUUCCGGAGUCAUCAGGGUCGCCAAAUUUUAACUGGACUGAGGGCCUUGCUGCCGCACUCUACCAUAUCGCCAAAGCCAUCGAGGUUCGCGCCGCUGGUAUCGUGGCUGCGGCGACGCUGGCUCUUCUUACUCUGGCCGGGGACGUUCCUCCGGAGGGGUCGCCUGUCGUGGAUCGGGCCUGCAAGUUGGGCGUUGGUUACACGGGCGGUUGCAUUGUCCACUUCCAGGACUAUUUAUCGGAUUGCCAGCAAUUUUUGGACCAAUUGCUAGAGAAGCGAUUUGGCAAUGAGCGUUUGUUAGAGGUGGAUUUGAGUCCCUGCCAUGACGGAGGUAUCACGGGGGCGGGCAUCCUCGUGGCGGCUGCGGCCUUCUCCUCUUGGACAAAUGGACGCCCCGGGCGCUCAGGCAACUCCGCUGCGAGUACAGGCGCUUCGCUUGCCGAGCCUCGCAACUCCUCCGGUCCGGUGCCGGUAGCGGUCCCGACGAGUCGCCGGAGGGCGCGCGGGAACGACGACGACGACCCUGGUGAAAUCGACGCUGCCGAGUUCGAGGCUCUUUCAAAGUCGCUGACGACAGGCGGCAGCUUUUUGCAGCCCGAGUCGUUUGAGAACUCGAUGCUGCGGCCGUCCGUGCCUAACCCUAACCCUCGAAGAGACGACGAAGAGGCCGUUGACGAUGGCUGCGAUCCCGAUGAGGAAUCUCCGCUGCUGCGUCGCUCGCGGGCUCCGUCCAAGGCGCGCUCAGAGGCGUCAGCGGCGACGGUGGUGGUGACGCCGUACCUCAACGACAUCUCGGUGACGCGGUUCUGGUUCAUCUUCUCGCAGAUCCUCACGUUGUACUUCAUCUCGGCCUUCGACGGCACCAUCAUGGCGUCGUCGCACCCCGUCAUCACGUCCUACUUCCACGCCUCCAACUCGGCCUCGUGGCUGUCGACGGCCUUCCUGCUCACGUCGUCGGCAUUCCAGCCGCUGCUGGGCCGCCUGUCCGACGCCGUCGGCCGCAAGCCGCUCUUCGUCGGCUCGCUGGGCGUCUUCGCGCUCGCCACGACCUGGUGCGCGCUGGCCGGCAGCAUCAAGAGCUUCAUCCUCGCCCGGGCCGCGUGCGGUAUCGGCGCCGGCGGUGUCAUCACUCUGGGUAGCAUCAUCAUCAGCGAUCUCGUCCCGAUUGAGGACCGCGGCACAUACCAAUCCAUCAUGAACGCCAACUACGGCGUCGCCUCGGCGCUCGGUGCCGCCACGGGAGGCGCCAUGGCCGACUACUUUGGCUGGCGCUGGGAGUUUGGCGUCCAGGUGCCGCCGCUGCUGCUGUGCAUGGCCGUUUCCACCGUCGCCAUCCCGGACGACCUGGGCAUCCAGGGCGAGCGCAAGAGCGUGUGGCAGGCGCUCAGGGAGUUUGACGCAAAGGGCUCGUUGCUGCUGACGACGGCCAUCACGUUUGGCAUUCUGGGUUUGAACUUCGGAGGCAACGUCUUGCCGUGGUCGCAUCCGUUCGUCAUGGCCUCGCUCGUCAUCUUCGCCGUCGUGUUCCCGCUCUUCAUCUGGGUUGAGUCGUGGGUGCACAAGCCCAUCAUGCCGCUGCAUCUGAUCCGCCACAGUCCCCGCGCCAACCUCAUCUUCAGCAACUUCAUCGCGUCGGUGCUGGCCAAUUCGAUUCUUUUCAACAUCCCGUUGUACUUCCAGGCCGUCCUCCUCACCUCGGCCACCUCGUCCGGCCUCCGGCUCGUUAUCCCCACCGUCGCCGGCUCCAUGACGGGCACGCUCGUCGGUUUUGCAGUGACUUACACGCGCCGCCUCAAGUGGCCCGUCCUGACCGGCUCCAUCUUCCUCUUCCUCGGCACCAUCACCCUCUCCUGUCUCCGCCGUGACCUCCCGAAGCAAGCCUACCUGUUCAUCCUGCUCCCCUCCUCCAUCGGCCAGGGCUUCCAGUUCCCGGGCACCUUCUUGGCCAUCCUCGCCGCGUCCCCGCAGAGCGAGCAGGCCGUCGUCACCAGCACCCUCAUGCUGUGGCGGAGUCUGGGCCAGGUCCUCGGCAUCGCCAGCAGUAGUCUUGUCCUGCAGAAUGCCCUGCUGCACUACCUGAACAAGUUCGUCCAGGGCGACCAGCGCGACGAGGUCAUCCGUCUCGUGCGCGGCUCCGUCGAAGAGGUCCUCAACUUGGAGCCCCAUUACCAAGAGCAGGUUGUCCUGAGCUAUGAGUCCGCGCUUCGUUUGACGUUUCUCACUUGUGUCGUGUUUGCCAUCGUCUCGGUGUUUUUGACCUUGCCGAUAAAGCUGCCUCGUCUCGGUGUUCGCAAGAGAUAG